AUGGCGACCAUUUCACGCGUUCCUGCCCCAGCCAAAACGACCGAAGCAAUCGAAGCAUGGAUCCUUUCCAGCCCCACAGACGCCUCUCUAGUCUUCAAAGGCAUCCUCCUCGGCGUCCUCACCGGCCUCCUCCUCGCCUCUCUCGCCUGCUGCUGGAUCCCCUGCCUUCACUACUUUUACACCCACGGCAACAACGGCGGUAUUCACGACUUUCACAUGCCGCGCGUCGAUCUCCACAUGCCCAUCCAACUCCGCGGCGGUUUCCGACCCUUUGUCAGGCGCAGAAUCAGACUAUUCUUCAUGGGAAGGGAGGAGAGUACUAUUGGAGGUCGGUCCGAUGAUGGUGAGGCUGCUCCCGAUAUCAGUAGCGUCGCCGGGCAAGAACAGAACGCGAACCAGGAGCGUCAGGUAGGACCACAGCAUCACAACCAGCAGCAGGAACAAACACGGACGCAAGAGUGGCGGGGAGCAUAUUUGACCUCUCGCACCAUGGCGGCUUCGACUCGAGGUGCCGAAAUCCAGCCGACCCAGCAGCAAAGCGACAGCUUUGAACCACAUGGCGAACUCGAUGAACAGAGACCCUCCCAGACGUACAACCCCAACAACCCCAGCCGGCAGCAGAUCAUUCCCGAUUCCAAUGAGGACGAGAGACGUCAACAAGCGCAUCUUCCGGAUGUUCACCGUCUAAACAUGGCUGUAUGA